AUGUUGCGUGAGCAAAUGAAAGAGGUAGACCUUCUGAUCCUUGGCGCGGGCUGGACGUCGACCUUCCUGAUCCCGGAGCUCGAAAGAGAAAAGAUAUCGUAUGGAGCAACAACAACAACUGGAAGAGACAACACGAUGCCCUUUAAGUUUGAGCCGGACUCUGGCGACGCAGAACAGUAUAAAAAUUUGCCCGCUGCAAAGACCGUACUCGUUACGUUUCCUCUAGUAGGGCAUGGACAGUCAAAGACCAUCGUGGGCCUGUACCGUUCCAUACACGGCGCGAAGAACAAUUGGGUGCAGCUUGGAUCCACAGGGAUAUUCAACCAGCUACCUAACGACUGGAGUACCGAUGACUCGCCCUACGAUCGAUCGGAUAGCCGCGCUGUGGCUGAGGACGAACUGCUGCAGCUGCACGGCUGCGUGCUCAACUUGUCUGGCCUCUAUGGCGGUGCUCGCGUACCACGCACCUGGCUCCCGCGCUUGGGCAAAAGCAAGGACGAUGUUAGGAAGAGAGGUGCCGUACACUUUGUGCACGGUGAAGAUGUAGCACGUGCCAUUGUGGCUACGCAUCGCAAGUUUACUCCAGGGAAGAGAUGGAUUAUUGCAGAUUUAAGGGUGUACGAUUGGUACGAUCUCAUCAUGAGCUUCAGCGCCAUGACGGAGACGGAUAGCGUUGAGGCUGCCGAGACUGCCCAGCACUUUGCAACUUGGGUCGGCGAGCUGAUGGAGGAGGAAAAUAUCAGGGCGCUACCAAGGGAAAUGAACUCGUUGGGACGCAAGCUGGAUUCGAGGGGAUUUUGGAAUCAUCAUGGGGUCUGGCCAAGGCACAAACGAUUGGCAUAG